AUGCCCAAGCCCGGAAAACGACACGGAGACCUGCCGAAGAACUUUGAGCACCAAAACGUGGAGGAAAACCUGUACGAGUGGUGGGAGUCGCGCGGAUACUUUGCCCCGAACGAUGAGACGGCCACGGGACCGCCGUUCGUGAUCCCGAUGCCGCCACCGAAUGUCACGGGAGCGCUGCACAUGGGACACGCGAUGUUCGUGACGCUGCAGGACGUGAUGACUCGAAGCGCGCGAAUGCGUGGUCGCAAGACGCUGUGGCUGCCGGGGACGGACCACGCGGGCAUCGCCACGCAAUUGGUCGUGGAGAGAAAGUUAGAGAGCGAGGGAGUGAAACGAACGGAUAUGACGCGCGAUGAGUUCGUGGAGCGAGUGUGGGAGUGGAAGGCCGAGUAUGGGGGACGGAUUCAGCAGCAGAUUAAGAGGUUGGGGGCGUCUUGCGAUUGGUCUCGCGAGAGAUUUACGCUCGACGAGGGGUUAUCUGAGAGCGUGCUCGAGGCAUUCAUCACGCUGCACGAUCGCGGUCUCAUUUAUAAAGGAACCUACAUGGUGAACUGGGCGCCGAAGUUGCAAACCGCGGUGAGUGACUUGGAGGUCGAGUACACCGAAGAGCCGGGGACGUUGUACUUUUUCAAGUACCCGGUCGAGGGCGGCGGCGCGGACGACUACCUUCCGGUGGCAACGACGCGUCCGGAAACGAUUCUUGGUGACACUGCAGUCGCGGUCAACCCAGAAGACGAUCGCUUCAAGCACAUGAUCGGGAAGAGAUGCGUCGUGCCCUUCACCAACGGUCGCACCGUGCCCAUCAUCGGCGACUCGUACGUGGACAUGGAAUUCGGCACGGGGGCGUUGAAGAUCACGCCGGGACACGACCCGAAUGAUUACGAAAUCGGCAAGCGUGUGGGCUUGGAUUUGAUCAAUAUUAUGAACAAAGAUGGUUCCAUGAACUCUAACUGCGGCAAGUAUGCCGGCAUCGAUCGCGCGGAUUGCCGAAAGCAACUCUGGGCGGAUAUGGAGGCGGAAGGUUUAGCAAUCAAGGCGGAGCCGUAUACGAACCGCGUGCCUCGCUCGCAGCGGGGUGGCGAAAUCAUCGAACCAAUUGUUUCUGAGCAAUGGUUCUGUAAGAUGGAAACCAUGGCGGAGCCCUCGCUGAAGGCUGUGGAGACUGGCGAACUCACCAUCAUCCCGCAGCGUUUUGAGAAAAUUUACAAGUCUUGGUUGACGGAUAUCCGAGAUUGGUGCAUCUCGAGACAGCUGUGGUGGGGUCAUCAAAUCCCAGUGUGGUACGGGGAAGGUAAAGGCACGAAUAAGCGAUACGUAGUGGCGCGAAAUGACGCCGACGCCGCAGAAAAAGCGAAGGCGCAAUACGGCGAAAACGUCGUGUUGUACCGUGAAGAAGACGUGCUCGACACUUGGUUUUCUUCUGGUCUGUGGCCGUUCAGCACGUGUGGGUGGCCCAACGAAGAAGCUCCUGACAUGAAAAAUUUCUUUCCGGCGAGCGUGCUUGAGACUGGGCACGAUAUUUUAUUCUUUUGGGUGGCGCGUAUGAUCAUGAUGUCGUACGGGAUGACGGGGAAAUUACCCUUCCACACUGUCUUUCUCCACGGCCUCGUCCGCGAUUCGCAAGGUCGCAAAAUGAGCAAAUCGCUUGGUAACGUCGUGGAUCCGUUAGGCGUCAUCGCUGAGCAAGGCUGCGACGCUUUACGAUUCACGCUCGCCACCGGCACCACGCCCGGUCAAGACUUGAACUUGAACCUCGAACGUUUGGCGUCGAACAGAAACUUCACCAACAAGAUUUGGAACGCCGGUAAGUUUGUGCUGUAUAGUAUGGAGGACAUGACAGACGAUGAGCGCAUGGCGCUCGUCGACGAAGGUGCUGCGCUUUGCGCCGAUGAAGCGUCAAUUGCCGAGCUUCCGCUCGCCGAGCGUUGGAUCGUGAGCAAAUUGAACGCGACGGUGGAUCACGUCACCGCCGCGCAAGACAAGUACGACUUUGGUGAGGCUGGUAGAUCGACGUACACGUUCUUCUACGACUCCUUUGCCGAUUGGUUCAUUGAAGGCGCUAAAAGUCGCACGUACGGAGACGAUGCCGACGCCGCGCGAGUCACCAAAGCGGUGACGCUGUACGUUUUGGAUCAAACGCUUCGAUUGCUCCACCCAUUCGUGCCGUACGUGACGGAGGAAGUUUGGCAAGCGCUUCCGCAUCGCGGCGAGGCGUUGAUAGGCCAAGACUGGCCCGCGCUUGAAGCUUACGUGGACAAAUCCGCAGUGUCGACGUUUGAAAACUUACAAUCGAUCGUCACGCGUAUUCGCAACGCGCGCGCCGAGUACUCGGUGGAGCCGGCGAAGCGUAUUCCCGCCGUCAUCGUAGCGACGGAUGCCGAAGCGAACGCGGCGUACAGCGCCGAGUUGAAUCUUAUCGCCACGCUCGCGCGUUUAGACGCCGAGCAAACGUCCGUCGCGAGCGCGCCACCCACCGAAGUCGCGAGCGCGCCGGAGAAUUUCGUUCAAAUCAUCGUCAACGAAAGCCUGGAGGUGUACUUGCCGCUCGCGGGUCUCGCGGAUCCGGUUAAAGAAAUCGCCCGCCUCACGAAGCAAGAGACAAAGAUGCAAAAGGAAAUCGAUGGGCUGGCUGAUCGCGUCAACUCGCCCGCGUUCGUCGACAAAGCCCCCGCGGCGGUCGUAGAAAAAGCGCAGAAGGAGUUGAGCGAGUUGCAAGAGCAACUCGCCGUCGUUCGAUCUCGCAUCGAACAAAUGCAGGCGCUCGUCGCCAAGUGA